UUUAUUAUGCUAAAAAAAAAAGGAUGCAUUUUCCUCUAUAUAAAUCCCCUCUAUUCUUAAUAUCGUGUUGUAAGGUUAGAUUGUUUACCCUCAGUUCUUCCCCACAGAAAGUAACCUAUUUUCAGCUCACAAAUCGAGGUUUACGAGAGCGGUUUCAUAUCUGAAAUGACUCCACAAAGUAAAGAAGAUAUGGAUGUAAGGAAAGGUCCAUGGACUGAAGAAGAAGACUACAUGCUCAAAACUUAUGUCAAUGUUCAUGGUGAAGGUAGCUGGAACUCAGUUGCUCGCUUAUCAGGAUUGAAAAGAAGUGGAAAAAGCUGCAGAUUAAGAUGGCUGAACUACUUGAGACCAGAAGUGAAACGUGGGAACAUAAGUCUCCAAGAGCAGCUUUUGAUUCUUCAACUUCAUUCUCGAUGGGGCAACAGAUGGUCAAAAAUUGCACAACAAUUACCCGGGAGGACGGACAAUGAGAUAAAGAACUAUUGGAGAACCAGGGUCCUAAAACAGGCAAAACAGCUUAAAUGCGACGUUAACAGCCAAGAAUUCAGGGACACCAUGCGUUGCGUUUGGAUUCCUCGUCUGAUUGAACGGAUCUGUGCUUCAUCCGGAUCCCCCUCGGCUCAACCCUCCACCGCCUAUGAAAAGACGAGUCUCCUGCCCGCGUUAUCAGGCACUUCAUCAGACUCCCAGGACGCCGAACUCUCCUCCGUUUCAGACCUCAAAGAUUGUUACAACCCACCAAGCAAUUCAAACAACCCGAAUAGCUUACAGAACGGGAGGGGUUUAUGGUCGGAAAAUUUAGGCGGCACUUGGAAUAUAGAGGAUGGGGUUGGAUUUCAGGCGACGGAGGGUGGAGAGUCGAUGGAGAGUGUGUGGAACGAAGAGAAUAUUUGGUUCCUAAGACAGCAGCUUUAUGAUAUGAUAUGAAUUAGUUUACGUGUGAGGUAUCAAGUUUUAUAUGUUGAACUAAUCUGAAACAGUAGAAUAAAAUUCACUCUUCAAAUUAAACUUAUUGACCACUUAAAUUUUCUUUUCUAAAAA